AGCUGAGCCGGCACUAGGCACAGCCGGGCAGCCCUGCAAGCUCUGCAUCCCAGCCUACCCACCCGCCCAAAGGCUAGACACCACUGGGUUUUCCUUGUGCGUUGAGGAGGGGCGAAAGUCAUCUCAGAAGGAAGGAUUCUUGGCAACUGGCUGACUGGCUCUGGCUGCCGACAUCUCUGCAGUAAUUCAUUACCCUGGAAGUGCGUGUCUCUCUGCUCAAACGAGCCCUCCCCCUUCCCUAGACUCACUUUAUAGACUUGGCAUUUGCCUGACAGCCUCUCACUGCUUGGAUCGACUGGGCACCGCCAGCCCUUCGAGGGAGAAUCAGCGGCAGACCCCACUUUAGAGUCCAGGAGACUGAUGGCCAGGAGAGGGGCAACAGCUGGCACAAGGCCCUCUAGACAGCAGUCAUGUCGACUCUAUUGGAUAUCAAAAGCAGUGUGCUGAGGCAGGUCCAGAGAAGCCAGUCUUUUCGAAGGAGAGCUGAUGAGGCAGCCACAUCUGGAGUGGCAGGGGCCAGCUCCUCCCUGCAAGAAGGUGGGCCUGAGACAAGUGUGGCCAGGGAGGAAGGAGAUGAUGGUGACUUCUUUUCAAGGAUGAAAUUGAUUCUGAAGAAGAAGGAAACUAGGCAGCGUUUGGGGCGGCUGGAGGGUGUCUUACACAGCAGUGCCCCUCCUCCUAGGGAGCCCCUGGGCCCUGGCCACGCUGCCGAAAGCCUGAUGCCAACCAAGAAAGAGAUGGAAAUGCUCUUCGAGGAAGCCCUGUACACUGUAUGCUACCGAUCGGGGGUGGCAUCCCCAGAUCAUGUGGCCAGUGACGAUGAACUCUUUGACUAUCUUCAGAAGGUGUUUGGUAUGAGCUCUUCUGAACUGGAGGCAGCCCUGCAUCGAGUGAAGGAGGCCAAGCCUCCGGCAUACUCUUUGAAAGUCACCGUUGUGCGGGCCAAGAACCUCCUAGCCAAGGACGCCAAUGGCUUCAGUGACCCGUACUGCAUGUUGGGCAUCCUGAUUGGCCAGAGCCCUCGAGAACAGGGGGAAAAGAAGGAGAGGAAAUUCAGCUUUCGAAAGCGAAAAGAGAAGGUGGAGAAACGCAACAGCGCUCGAGAUGUGCUCCCAGCCAAGUACAUCCAGGUCACCGAGGUCAAGAACAGCACCCUGAACCCCGUCUGGAAUGAGCACUUCCUAUUUGAAAUAGACGAUGCCUCCAAUGACCAGCUGCACCUGGAUAUAUGGGACCACGAUGAUGAUGUCUCUGUGGCUGAGGCCUGCAAAAAACUGAAUGAAGUGAUUGGCUUCAAAGGAAUGGGCAGGUAUUUCAAACAGAUUGUCAAAUCGGCCCGGGCUAAUGGGACGGCAGGAGCCUCAGAAGACAAUGCUGAUGACUUCCUGGGCUGCCUCAACAUCCCCAUUCGAGAGAUCCCCGUGACUGGCUUGGACAAGUGGUUCAAGCUGGAGCCUCGGUCAAGCUCUUCCCGUGUCCAAGGAGACUGCCACCUCAUCCUCAAGCUGAUCACCACGCAGAGAGACACCAGCAUGAGUCGGAGGAUGUCAGGCUUCCAAGUGCACGGACUGCUCCUCAGCCAAUUGCUUAUGUUUGAGCAUGGCCAGGACCAGCCGGAAGCCUACAGCUGGAAAGGAGAACUGAGCGGGCCGGCGGUCACUAUUCUUUCUCACCAUGGGACCCAGACAGACCUCUCGGCUCUGCAGCUGGCCAUGAUACACUGGCAGGCCAGCAGCCAGCACCACCAGGCUUGUAGCUUGGAUUAUUGCUACCUUCUGGAGCUCUUGGGAACCAUCCAGGAACAGUGGGGGGAAGCAACAGCUGCAUUACCUAAAGAACAGGAAGAGAGUUUGGCCAACAGCUUCAUCUCCUUUGUGGAGCACGCCCUCCUGCUGCUGAGACAGCUCCGAGAGCUGUUCCCUGUGACCAACAGCAAUGCCAUCAGCCGCCUUGAGUUCCUUCUAAGGUGUCUUAGUCAGAUCCACAGCCUCCAGCCUUUCCGCAUGAUCUGCCCAUUCCAGAAUGAGCUACACGUGGACAUUGCCACAGCCCUGAAGAAAGGAACUCAGGACUGGUAUGAAAGACUCCAGAGAAGCCGGAUCUCCCUGGGAAAGGCUGGGCUAGACUGUCUCCCUGGACUUAUCGGCCUGGCAGAUGCUGUCUAUGACGACUUACAGGCCAGCCACAGUGUGUAUGGGAAGCUCUUUGUCAGCAUUGUGAAGGUUGAUCUGUUUGGCAUCACCUAUCGGCAGCUGGAGAAGCUGGUGGCUGAAGAGGUCCAGGCUCCAGUGGAGGAGCUGAGUGCUGGGCUGGAGCUGGGUAGCGCCCCAGGCCUCUUUGAGCUCUACAUCACCCUGGCAGAGAUUCAGCGCCUCCGAGCCUACCUCCCCACCAAGGACAGCUCUGCCCUGGCCCUGCCAGGAUUCCACACUCAGUUCCUUCCAGCCAUCCACCUGUGGCUGCAGACCCUUCGGGACAAGACUCGUCAGCGACUCCAGAGAGCUGUAGAUGUGGACAAGCUGGAGCCCGUGGAUGCCACCUCCAAACACAGCAGCUCAGCAGCCGAUGCCACCCUUUGCUUCUCCCAGACCCAGGAGCUCUGGGCUCAACUGGCCUGGCCCGAAUCAGCUGAGGCCCUGGACUUAGUGACUCAGCUCACCGAGGAUAUCUGUGAGGCUGCUCUAUACUACCCAGAGCUGGUUCGGAGGAAGGUGGACUCACGGCCCCUGGCCAUGGGUGAAGCAGUGAGUGAGCCGCUUUGCAUUGCCCUGAACAAUGUGGAACACAUUCGAAAAGCCACAGGGCAGGUGCUUCGGGGACUGGAGUGGCCAGAGCCAGGUGGGGGGUCACCAGGGGGCCUCCCCAGAGCCCUGAAGAACCGACUGCUGGCUAUGGAUGAGGACCUUCAGAGAGAGGCCCGGAACAUGAUUGCACACCUGACGGCCAAGAUGGUAGGAGACAUUAAGAAGUAUGUUCAGCAUAUCAGCCUGUCACCAGACUCGAUCCAAAAUGAAGAGGCUAUAGCCCCUCUCAUGAAGUAUCUGGAUGACAAGCUGAUUCUUCUCAGUGACUCACUGGUGAAGGAAAACCUCUGCCGGGUUCUGGAAGCUCUCUGGGACCUGCUGCUUCAGGUCAUUCUGCAGACUCUGGGGGCCAAUAGAGAUGUGUCUGCUGAGUUCUACAGAAGGUUUUACUAUACUUUGGAGGCCUUAGUGGAUUUUUUCCAUGCCGAAGGGCAAGGGUUGCCCCUGGAGAGCCUGAGGGAUGGACACUACAAGACUUUGGAGGAGGAACUUCGCCUGAACAAAUGCUCCACCAAUGAGUGCAUUGAGCAGUAUUACCUGGAUAAGCUCAAACAGGGUGGGGGGACAACUCUCUCCCAGAGAUCAAUGGAGCAGAAUAAGUAUGGACGGUUGAGUGUCAGGUGUUACUACGAGGCAGCGGAACAGCGGCUGGCUGUGGAGGUGUUACAUGCUGCGGACUUAAUUGCUCUGGAUGCCAAUGGCCUGAGCGACCCCUUUGUCAUUGUGGAGCUCUGUCCCCACCAUGUUUUCCCGCUGGCCCGAAGCCAGAGGACCCAGGUCAAGACCAAGACCCUACACCCUGUGUAUGAUGAGCUGUUCCACUUCUCAGUCCCCGCCGAGCUGUGCCGCCAUCGGGCUGCCUGUGUAGUCUUCACCGUCAUGGACCAUGACUGGCUGUCCACCAAUGACUUCGCUGGGGAGGCUGUCCUGGCCCUGAGCAACAUCAGUGGGCUUAGCAGGCCCCAAGUGGGAAGCAGUGUGAGAAGCAUGCAGCCAACCACUCUUCACCUCCGCAGGCCCAAAGCCAAUGUGAAGUCAGCACUGAGGAUGCUGGAGGGAAGGAUGGACAGAGAAGCACAGGAGUUUGUGAAGAAACUCAAGGAGAUGGAGAAGAGCAUGGGAGAUGAUUGAGCAGUUUUUCUCUGGGUGGUGCCGCCCUCACGCUCCACUUCUCCUCCCCACCCCCGGCUGCAAUUAUCUACAUCAAGAUGUCCAGGUCCAUGCGGUCUUUUCAUCAGAAACUCCUGUUCAAUCCUUCUGGUGUAACCUCAGUGGUCAUUGUGGAAGGGUCGGCAUUUGUGAUGUUUCUCCUUGUUCAGUGUUGUGUGUGCCUCAGUGGGGCACGAUAGCUUUUAUCCUCUCCUAGGUCAAUUCUGGUUUGAUGCCUUUUCUGUGAAUACCCCCGGGGCCACUGGGGCCCAAGUUUGCCCCUGUCAGUAACAGCUAUUGCCCCUACCUCUCCCUAUGCUUGGAAACCCCAAAGUGCCACCCAAGUGACCCAUUCAAGCAACUGUUAGAACACUCAAGGCAGGCUGAUUGAGGAGGCUUCAAGGGAAGCAGGUGGUAUGGCUGGGAACCAAGGGGGUGGAAUGGAGGGGAAGGGACAACAAAUUCUUUACUCCUACUUCACUUAGCCCUACCAUGAUCUGAUGAGCCUAAAGGACAGCUCCCCCUGCCCAGUCAAUCCCUAGCUCCAGACAACCUCAACCCCGAUUCCCAAAGACUCUCUUCAAGGAAAUUCGAUUCAAGCCUGACAAAUUGGGUAGCCACUUUGUAUCACAGGAGCCAGAAGAUGGUUCUCAGACCUCAAGUAGACUAAGUGAGGCUGUUGUGGACAGUCUGAUAUGAUCGUAGUUAGGAAGCUUGACUGGAAAAUGCCAGGGACGAUACCAAGUCUAAUGGCCCUGAAAGGCCACAGAGGUCAGGGCUGAAAGGGCCCCUAGAGAUCAUUUAGUACAGUCCCAUCGUUUUACAGAUGAGGAAACAGAAAUAUUUAGACUUGCCUUAAGUUGCCUAGCCAGUAAAUGAAAGAUCUGGGAUAUGUGCUUGGAGGGAGCCUAGUGCUGAGAAGAAGAAUCUUCCUUAGUAGAAGACUGAUCUCCUGGGGAGCCCCCCCCCCCAAAAGGUUCUUCAUCAUCUCACUGGGCACUCAGCACCAGUGCUGUCAUUUUCCUCUAUAUUCUCCAGUUGUAUUUUACAAUCCUGUGAAAAUAUGCCCAGUCCAGAGAGGGCUCUAUUCUUUAGGCCACAGACGACCACCUGCCUCUCUGCUCUUAGCCUAAAGAGCUAGUCUGUGGUACUUACAGAUUCAAGCCCCAUCUUCCCCUCUACUUCCAAGCCCUCACAGUUAACAGUCUGGGCUGCAGAAUUCCCACUCAAGCCU